AAAUCACAGCCUUGCUCCUCAGCCAGACCAGGCUCUUUGAGUGACCAUGUUCCGGCGAUGCUGGCCCUUUUUUCUGCUGGUGCUGGAAUGCAUCUGUCCUUGUAUCUCCAGCCCCUUGUCGGAUGAGAGGAGGCAGUGCGCCUUCCAGGUCAAAGCACAGAACCGGAAGUACCUGGCGGCGGGCAACGUGAGCGACUCGGUUCAGGUGUGCGAGCGCACGCAUUGCUGCGUGGGCUACUUCCUCAUGGUCCACGGACAGCUGGAGGUAGACACUCUUGCUUGCGAUGUGACUGAAAAAUCUUGCCCUGAUGCCACCUGCAAGGCGCAGCGCCGCUUCAACAACCGGCUGGUGAAGUGUGUGUGCAACACGCAUCUCUGUAACAUGAACCUCACCUGGAGCACGUCAUCGGAAGAGCCAGGGCCCACCGACUCCGCGGACAAAACUUGGCUCAUCAUUUUUUCCGCUGUGUUGGUCACGUGCCUGGUGAUUGCGGCAGUGCGUUGGAAAUGUCUCUCGCUACACAAAGAGGAGAACGCACAAGCUACCCUUCACAUCGCUCCACUGAGUCCUUGCCAAACGCAAAAGUCCCAGAUUGAUGUCAGUGAUGUUCAACUGCAGCAGAUUGUGGCCCGUGGGCAUUUUGCCACGGUGUGGCGAGGAACGUACCAAGGAUCGAUGGUGGCCGUUAAAGUCUACCCUGGUGCCGCUCAGCAUGCGUUCAGCUCCGAGAAGGAAGUCUACGGUCUCCCGCUGAUGAGGCACGCCGGGAUCAUCAACUUCCUGGGUACCGGGAGAAGGUCGGAAGACGGCAGCUGGCUCCUAUUUCUGCAGUUGGCAGAAUAUGGCUCUUUGCACUCGUUUCUGAGUGAGAACACCAACAGCUGGCCCUCGUCACUCAAGUUGUGCCUGUCUUUAUCUCAAGGACUCUCCUAUCUCCACUCGUAUCUGCUCACAAAAGAGGGCCACAAGCCGCCUGUGGCCCACAGAGACCUCACCAGCUUCAAUGUGCUCGUCCGGGCAGAUGGCACCUGUGCCUUGUGUGAUUUCGGUAGCGCUAUCAUCCUGUGCUCGUGCUCAAGCCAUCGCCAAAUGGGAAAUCUACUGAGUCCGAGCCAGGCGGCAUGCACCCUGUGCUACAUGCCCCCCGAGAUUCUGGAGGGUUCUGUGUACCAAUUCAGCAGCUGCUUUCUGCAUGGGGACGUCUACGCUUUGAGUUUGGUGCUGUGGGAGAUAUGCAUGCGCUGUUCUGACUUGUUUGAUGAUGGUGCCGUGCCACAACACCUCCUCCCUUAUGAGCGUGAGCUGGGAGCCCACAUGACCCGGGAGAGUCUCACCUUCCAUGUGUCUCACAUGGAAAAAAGACCCUCCAUCCCUGAGCAUUGGCAGCAGCUGAGACAGGCACCAGUGCUGCAAGAUCUAUUGACAGAAUGCUGGGACGUGGACCCAGACGCCCGGCUGACUGCUCAGUGUGUCGUGGACAGAUUAGUCUCCCUUCAGUCAUAUUCUUUAGUAUGACACUUGUUUUACAGCUUGUCUAUGUGAGUUAAAAAAAACCUUGUGCAUUUUUCACAAUUGAAAACAGUUUCAAGGUAUCUUAAAUAUCAAUUACUAAAUAUUAUUCAUUAAGAAAUGUGUUUGAUAAUGUCACGCGCCACACACUGCUACAUUAAUUCUCUUAGCCUCGGUUUCUGCACCAUACAAUGAUGAUAACGGUUUCCUUUUAUAUUUAUGUUCACUCUUUGUGUGCAGCACUUUGUUACAGUUGUGGUUGUUUUUGUGGUCUAUAAACAAAGUUGAGUUGAGAUUGGAGCGUCUCUAAUGAAGCCGUGCAAGUCUAUGUACACACUCAUCUGCUUCUGUGUUGAAAAUGGCAGCUCUUCACCCAGCCUAGCUUCUAAGUCAUGGACGGAGAAAGUCACUGUUAAGUUCUAAGAUGACUAACGGGAGUUAUUUAAAAAUUUUAACUGGAAGCAUCAUAACAGUAUGUGCAAGUAUGUUUUCCCAUUGACACGAGACAUCUAAAGUAUCACUAUAAUAAACACCUGUGCUGUGGAGACUUCAACCCUACUCCCCUCUCUCAUCUAACAGUUUCACAUUAUGUAUGCAACAAGAAGGAAUAAAUCUUCAUUAUAAAAUA